AUGGAUGAAAUGGUGAAAUCUGCGCAAGACAGCGAGACAUCAGCAUCUUUCCAAGGAGAAAGACGAAAGAUCAUCCAGCCUGCAUCUUUAAAUGAUCCCAAACUAGCCAAGCUUAAAGAGGUGCUGGUGGAAUGGAUAAAUGACACUUUAAAGGAAGAGCACAUUGUGGUCCAGACACUGGAGGAAGACAUUUAUGAUGGAAUUGUGCUUCAUCACCUACUCAGAAAGUUAGGAGGAGUGCAGCUAGGGGUAGAGGAAAUUGCAGUAAACAGUGCAGCCCAGAUAUCCAAGCUGGAAGCCAUUCUGCAGGUCCUCAACCAGAACCUAGAGCUUAAUGCUCAGUCAAACAGUACAGCUAAAUGGAAUGCCAAACUCAUCCACAGUCGUGACCUGCUGGCGACUCUUCAUCUGCUGGUGGCCAUUGUGAGAUGUUAUCAGCCUGAACUUGGUCUUCCCAGUAAUGUCAGUGUAGAAGUCAUACUGCUUGAGGUGAACAAGAGUGGCAUUAAAACUGAGAAGCAAAUAGAAUACAUUACGCUACAAAGUGAUGCUGCAGGAUUUACAAAAGACCCUAUAGAUGAGCUGCUUAAGCUUGAUGAGCACAAGAUUUCCACAGUAAAGAAGGCCAUUUUGCACUUCAUCAAUAAGAACAUGUCAUCACUAAGGUUGCAGGUGUUGGACAUUGAAAAACAGUUUGCAGAUGGAGUGAUCCUGCUCUUACUGAUUGGUCAGCUGGAAGGAUUUUUCAUCCCACUAUUCGAGUUCUACAUUUCUCCAGGCUCCCCCUCAGAGAUGCUUCACAAUGUGACCCUGGCAUUAGAUCUUCUUAAUGACAGAAAAAUACAAGUGGACAAUGUUGCCCCUGAAGAUAUAGUUUCUCAAGAUGUCCCUGCCACACUGAAAGUGCUGUAUGCCUUGUUUAAGAGGCACAAGAACAAAUAAUCCUUGUAACCAUGUCUGCAACCUCUAACAUAAAUUACUAUGAAUGUCUAGCAUGAGCUAAACUUUUAAUUAA